CCGAAUUCAAGUUGGAAUGCUCAAUCGAGCAGUUUUCAACGUUUCACUGGAGUUUUAGCGGAAAAUUUAGAAAGUUAAGCUCCGUUUUUAUGGAUUAUGGUCUGCGAGGAACCGAUAAGGGUAUGUUAACAUGUAGUCUCGUGCAGUAGUCCUUUGUGCUUUAAUUUGUUUACGGAAUUUACGGUACAUAAUUUGUUUCGGGCGCGGGAUAAAUAACUUAUCAGCGAGUGUGUACGUUUGGGAGCGAAAAUGAUCUUUUCCUUUGACUGUUUUGGAAAAUAAGUCUAAAAGGUGAUUAGCUAAUAGAAAAAUUUUCAGGCGCUAUUUGAUUCGCCCAAAGAAAUUUUUUAGCAGACAGACUUGGCCGAUCGAUGUAAAUUACAUUACGACAGGAGUUCAUUUAUCUUUUGUACCUAAGAAAGACCACUAAAAAUUUGAAUAAGGCUUUGAAAUUCAAUUGAAAUCGUCCAUUUUGGGUAUUUUUCUAAUAUUUGAUGUCAAUUUCAACAGUGGUAGCAGCUUCGGAAAAAGAAACAAAUAAUAUUCUUUCUUUAUUUAUUAUUUUAUGUGCAGCUGAUGUCCAGUGUUCACCAAACAUUUUUUAUCUGCCACCUUUCUUUGCGAACAGUUUUGUAGAAGAGAAAUGUGAUUAACAAUAAACUUGAGUUGUAGAUGAGUAGCAUCCAAAAGUGCCUCCACACCACAUUAAAGAUACUCACAGUAGAUAAGGAUUUGUGGUAGUAGAAGUUACAAUAGCAAGUUCGUUUUGAAACUGAGUAGAAUUUGUACUACAAGAUGAUUUGGUUUUAUCAACUGAGUUCAUAAUGUAAUUUGGCCAAUGUAAAGCAUUUCUAAAGUUUAUGGUGAUAAAUUUACAUUUUCAACUCAGUUGAUAAACCAAAUAAUCUUGCAAUACCCCUCAUCUACGCAGCACCACAGUCUCUUAAGGGACUUGCCCCUUGUAAAAUUUGCACUUAUUCACUCAGAAAUGCGUUAUAUACUAAUUUGGAGGCUAAGGUAAAAUUUUUUUGUCAUUCACUACAUCUCCUACUCCAGCUGGACUUGUACCAAGAAACCUAGGAAAAUUAAGUUUCUCAAGAUGAAUUUAUAGAAGAUUUGAUUUUCUCUUGAUAACUAUUUAAUUUUGUGAUUUUAUUUUAGGCAUCUAUAUGGCAUGCUUUGGGUCAUUAUGCCUAUGAAGAUGCAAUCUUCCUUGCUGAACGACUUUUUGCAGAAGGUAACAAAAGACUGUUAGCCUAACAAGUUAUUAAUAUACCGUAUUUAGAUUUUUGGGUUUUAUCUACAAGCUUAAAAAUUAAGAACCUGUUACCCUCCUAUUUUUCUAUUUGCUGUCUACUUUCAAAAUAACUGACAGCCCUGUUAACCCUUUAACUCCGAGGAGUGAUUAACAAGUAAUUUCUCCCAGUAAUAUCUAAACAUUAUUCAACAAACAGGUCAUGAGAAUAUUCAAACUGAUCAGGUCAAGGUUGUUAUCUUGAUUUGGCACCAAAUUCUUGUAACUUGUUUACAAGGAAAUGUGUAGCAGCUAGAGGGGAGAAUUAACAAUCAGAUCUUGGGAGUUAAAGGGUUAAAUUGUUGUGUACCAAAGUGUUCUCCAGACUUAAACAGCAAAAGCCAUGUUUUGCCUUGAAAAAUAGCACAUAACACUCAAAAUAUUCCUGUUUAUAAUCCACAGAUGAAAAUGUAAUUGAAUUUCUGUACUUCUGGUCAAAUUUCUUUUGGGUGAAUGAAGAACCCACUGCUGUUUACUUUACUCCUAACAUGUGGGUUUGCAGGUCAUUUAGAAGUACCACCCAAGCCUAAAUUAUUAUUCAGGCUGCUUUCCUGCAGUUCCUUUAAUUGCAGCCUAACUGUGAAGGUUACAUCUUCACUUUCUAAUCAUCUGCAGGUCAAAACUUGAUUUAUUCCAUUUAGUUGUGAACCCAAAACAAAACUACAUAGUUUUAGAUUUAGCAUAAAUUUACUAGUAGUAAUAUGAGUUAAUACUCUGCAUAAUUCAUUUUGUUUCAGUUGGCUCUGAUGAUACUUUGUACCUUCUGGCAACAUGUUUUUAUCAAGCUGGUUACUGUAAGAGAGCAUACUCUUUGCUCCAAAGCAAAGGCUGUCCAACUCCGCUCUGUCGAUUUCUUUUUGCAAAAUGCUGCAUGGAAUUAGACAAGUAUGUGUCCUCUCAAGCAUUGAAGACUGAAAAAUUCUUAAUUUUAAUUUUAAAGAUCUGAGCUAUUUUUUAUUCUUCAACUUGGAAAUAUUCUCCUGUUGAAUCACACAAUUCCCAUGCUAAUACCGUAUUUACCCGUGUAUAAUGCGCGCCCGUGUAUAAUACGCACCUUAAUUUUUGACCUCUUUUUUCCGAAAAAAAAGAUUUCAUGACAAAUACCAAGAAUUAAAACUUCCAUUUUUUCACUUAAUUAACAAGAGCUGGGAAUUCAUCAAUAAUAUGUUUACAACAAUUUCUAACUAGUUGCUACUACAAAUAUCGCACGCACCGAGCACCUAUUUACAAGCUUUUUUAUUCAGUAACAGUCAAACGUUUUAUAAAUGUUGUAACUUGAAGUCCUUAUUAAUAUACCUAAAUUCACAACUUGAAUUAUUAUCAUAACAGCCGUUCAUAAACAUUAUUUCUACUCACAGUACUGCUGGUAGCUUGAAUAUAAUUACUGCAUUGCAAUUGCGUGAUUUAAGUAAAAUGUCCAGUGUCUUGAAACAACGAAACCUUAAAAUUCCGACUCACAGUCCGAUUCGAAUAGGUUUCGAUGACUGAAUCCUCAAGUUCAUCAGUGAUCUCAGUUGAAUUGUAAACCAAUUCAUCUUGUGAUCCAUUCGAAUUGUUUGUGCACCCACACUUCAGAGAGAUGCAGUGAUCAUUUCUGAUGGAAUGCCUUCCCACGCUUGUGAAAUAUACGAACAGAUCAGUUCCUCCGAAGCCUUUUUUUGUCGUCCAGUAAGUUCGUGAAUUCCAUCAGCCAUCCACUCCUUUCGGACUCCAUCUCUAAAUGGUUUGUUCAAAGAUGCAUCGAGCGGCUGGAGAAGGGAAGUUCGCGUUUGAAGGAAGUGUUCACAGUAUCUGUCACGUGAGCCUCAAAUGAGUCGUAAAUAAGCAAGCUCUUUCUCCUCCCCAGGCCACCGAUCCGUGCACUUUUACUUUCUUUGUUGCGUUUUUAACGUAUGCAAAUUAGGACGUGCUUGACAAACAAUAGAAUCUGUGUAUAAUACGCACCGCGACUUUGAUGCUUGUUUUUAUGGGAAAAAACUGCUCAUUAUACACGGGUAAAUACGGUACAUUGCUUGGUGAAAACCUGGUCUCUAACAAGUCUAAUCAUAACCAUUACAAUUUCCUCAAAUGCAAUUGGUGCAUCAGCUGCUUUGUGUUUCACUAAUCACUCAGUAUAGUUGUAAUUGGACAGCUGGCUGUAAUCGGACAGUGGAAGCAACCAAUCAUAUUAAGUCCACUCGGCUAAAUCUAUCAAUCACAGAAUUGAUCACAAUAACCAUUGCAACAACCACUUACCCUGAGGGAAAAAAAAAGGGAAAUGUCUAAAUUUUUUUACUCUAGACAUAGUCUCUAUCAGAGAUGUUUGUCCUAAAUGUAUAUGUUUUUUUUCCUGAAAUUAUAAUAGUUAGGAUUCAUUGGUAACAGGACUUUGUGUCAUCCAAUUCUGCCUGUAAUUAUACUUGUGAUUAACAAAUUGGACUCAUGCUUUGUGGUCAUCUGAUUUUGUUAAUCACUUAUAUGAUUACAGACCGAAUUGGACUCCACUCAGUCCUAUUACCAUUAUAUGUAACUGAAUGAUACUGCACUCUCAGGGUUGUCGUUAGAAUGCAUAAUAGAUUAUCUGAACUUAGUAAGUAGCUGACUCUAAUAUGGAACUUUACUGAUACUGGGUCAGAAUGAAUGUGCAGAUUAGCUGAUGCUGUGUCAGGUCCCUCAAGGGGCAAGUUUUGCAUGGCCUCAAUCUUUGUUGUUGUUGUGUGAGAUGCAGAGCUUAAAAAACUGGGCAAAUUCUUUUAAGGUUGUAUGUUUGUGAACCUUUUUCAUUCCAUGAUGGGUUGAGGAGAUCAUUGAUAUAUGUGGGAAUGUGAAAGUGACCCCCUGACGUAUCUGGUACAGGGUUGGCCAAUACCAGCAUUCAUUUGGAUGUAGUAUAGGCAAAGUUAAGUAUUGUGCUUGCUUACAUGCCCUUUCAAGGGAUUGGGAGGCAUACUUUCCUGAAUAACUUGGAAAGUUUAAACCCUCUGAGAUGUGAUUACUUGAACAAUCACCUGAUAGUCUUGGCUUCAAACUGUUUACUAUCCCCUAUUGAAAAAUCCAUCUGGUAACAUGGUGUGACAUUAGGUAGUAGCUGGUUCAAAUUACUAAAAGAUAUUAUAUGUUCAUUUGGCUUCUGUGUGAUCUUUCCUGGCUUUGUAGACUGGCAGAAGGUGAAAUGGCCCUGACUGGAGGAUGCCUGACGAACAGCAAACCUAUAGAGACCAUUGCUUCUGAGUUUGGUUCUGCGGCAGGUUAUGGACUGGCUCUCUUGGGGCAAAUAUGCAGGUAUUUUCAGUUAUGAUUAUUUUUGUUUUUUGUUUUUUCAUCUUGAAGUAAUUUUGUGACAUGCAUUUCCAAAAGUGUUUUCGUUUCCAUGUCUCACGAAGUUAGUUUUUCCCUUAUUUUAGAAAAUCAGAACAGUUUGCAAGAGCAGCAGAAUGCUUUAAAAGUAGUUUGAAGUAUAAUCCGUUUUUAUGGAGCUCCUUUGAGAAUCUAUGUCAGCUAGGUAUGUGCUAUAACUAUAUAUGGUAAUUUCUGAUAGGUGUUUGGUUUUUUUCCCUAUUCAAACUCUUCUUUUUUAUUUUCCAUUGGAUCGGAAUGAGCUGAAACCCUGUAGUGAAGUGUAUGCUGCUAAACCUUUUCUUUGCUUUGGCAGUGAACAUAUUCAGGAAACCACCUCCUCCAAAUUUCCAACAGUAUUUUUUUUGGUAGACUCUGUUAGAAAAUUGGAGGAGCUGGUUUCCCACUUCAAUUUUCACUUGAAAUACAAAAUAAUUAGUUAAAAAUCAAAUAUCUGCCAAAAAAUGGGAUUUAUGCCUGUUUUAUAUGGAACCUUUGUUUCAUAGAGUGACCAGCAUCUAAUUUCUCGUUAUAAUAUCAUUUCUGAAUAACAGAUUCAGGUCACAAAAAUAAAGAAUAUGAUUGGUUACCAGAGAAGCUCUUGAUUAUUAAACAAAUUCUCUUUGUUGGCACCUUUGGAAAUGUAUUGAGGACAGUGAGGAGAAAAUGUACACUCAUGUUAGGGUGUAAAGGGUUUAACUAUUUCUUCAGUUGCCAUUAUUACUGAUCUAUGUUUGAUAUUUUUUCAAUUAGGAGAGAAGCCAGAUGCAGCAGAUUAUUUUAAAUCAUCUUCUUGUCCCAAAAUCACAUCUUUCAUUUCAAACAGAGAACAUAUGACAAUAGGAUCUCCCACUGUUACCAUGGAUACAACAAGUCCAUCAGACAAUCAGCGACGAAAUGUUGACACAGUAUCCUCCGAAAAUCUCGACCCCUCACACAACAAAACUCUGCAGAACAUUAGCAUGUUAAUUUCAUCCAGACCUGGCUCUCUAGAUAUGUCUGGUAGCAGUUUCACUGUGCCAUCAUCUGCUGUUAGUGUCAGUGAAAAAAGAAUGCGUCAGAAGGUUGGGAGGAAUCUGUUAGGAGCUGCGCAGUCAGCAAGUCCCUUAACGCCGAGGUAUGACUGUGAGUGGAACAAUUUAGAAUCAUGUUUCAUGCUUUAAGCUAUGACAAUUUUGGUUGUGAUGGCGACUAGAAUGACUUUUGACUAUAAAAUCUGUAGCUCAAUCAUCACUUAGGCAACCAGUAAAUGGUGGCCACAGAAUUAAGUUUUUCCUUUGCUUUAAUAUUACUAUCAGACAAGAAAAAGUGUACAGAUGUAUAUGUAUCUUAAGUCCUUGAGGCCAAGUAGCUCAUAACAGCAGGAGCUCAUAAUAGUUUUUUUAAUGAGAAGCCACAAGUAGUGUUAGUUCUACUCCCCCCUUGAUGAGAUGCCAGUCCUUUUUAAGUUCCCCCCCCCCCUGGAUUUGGUUGUGUUUAGGUAGCAGUCUGCUGGUCUACAUUUAUCCUCUCAGGUAGAGUGAGUGUUUGGCAGGGCUUAACAGGUCAAGGCAUCUCAAACCUAUAGAAGACAAAGAAAUGUUUAACUAAGCAAAGAACUGCUACAUAAAUGUGUAUAUGCAUAUUUUUAAAAAGAUAUCAGAGGCUGGGAAAGUUCUAUUAGAAACUGUACAUCUUACAUGUCUUCUUUCAAUUGGGUUAUAGUUUUGGAAUGCUGGCAUCAGAUACACCCACAAAUGACCAGAAUUCUGUGUCAUUUAUUACUCCAUCUCCAGUUGUUGGUGAAGGACACGCCCCUAAAGCACCGAUGAAAAAGGUUUGAAUCAUAUUCACAUCCACUGAUGGUGACAUUUUGCAAUAUUGUAGUGUAGAUCCAGUUUCUCUUAGUAAGAUGUUUUGAGUUCAAGGAGAGUCCCUAAUGGUGAGAGAGUUUUGGUUAAGGUAAAAAGAAACUAUGUCAACUCUACAAUUGUAGUUGAGAUUGAACAAAUUUAAGGUAAAUAUUAGAGAGAACAUUCACCUUUCCUCUUUUAAGAUACAGAAUAAAUUAUGAUUAAUUCAUUAUGGUUCAAAAUAAUGUAGAAAAAUAGCCUUUAUAUGGGCCCAAGUGGCCCAUGGGGCCGGUGCUUAACUCUGGUUUUCUUAGCACGAAGCGGCUAGGAGUAUUGCUACUCCCCCCUGGAUGGGAUGCUGGUCUAUCGCAGGGUUACUCCCAGCACAUUUGCUGGUACCCAUUUGUACACCUGGGUGAAGAGAAGCACUGUGAAAGUAAAGUGUCUUGCCUAAGAACACAACACAAUGACCCCAGCCAGGGCUCGAAACCCAGACCACCCGAUCCGGAGUCAAGCACAUUAACCAUGAGGCCACCAUGUCUCCACAAAAAAAUAAUGUAAGGUCUCCUUCAAUUUUGCACAAUUGGAAGUGUUCAGUCUGAAAUUCUUUCUUUUCAGGGUGGUAACAGAAGAAAUGAUUCUUCAUGCACACCGGUGAUGGCUAUCACAUCUAGUGUUCAUAGCAUGCACUCUCCAUCAACAAUGUUCACGUCUUCUCCUCAUGGCACUGGACAUCAAAGCUUUUCUUCAAAUGCUCCCAGUGUACGGCGGAGUUCGCGACUCUUUACACUGUCUUCUAGUAACAGCUCUGUCAGCAAUUUUGAUUCAACCAAUAAAGUAAGCAAGUCUCCUUGUGGCAUAGGAUGUUAAAGGAUAGGGUUAUUAUGAGGGUUUAACAAAUGAUCAGAAGAACUCCCACAAGCGAUUAACUUGUAACUAAAUAUUUAUACAUUAUCCAGCCAACAGGCAUUGAUAAUACUCAAACUUAUCAGGUAAAAGUUGUUAUCUUGGUUUAACACCAAAUUCUUGUAACUAAUUUACAAGGAAAUUUGCAGCAACUAGAGGGGAGAAUUAACAGUUAGAUCUCAAGAGUUUAAGGGUUAAGAGAGUAAGAUUGUGAUGAGAGUUGUAAUGAUGAUCAGGAGAGCAAUUUCAAGGGAACUGAGUAACUGAUUAUUUGCUGGACUUUCUUUCAAUUUCUUGCAGGACCGAAGACCAAAGAGUGCAAGAGUAGCGUCUCCUUCACAUAGAACUGCUGUUAGUAAUGUUGUGAGAAAGGUAGGUUAAAACCAAUUCUACCACCAAGUGAAAGUGUGCAAGCCAUUCAUAAUUCAGUCUUAAUAAAGUAAAGGUUGUUUGGCAAAUAAAGAUUUCUCCUUAGUGAUUUCUUUGACCCCCGAGAGUGACAAGCAUCUAAUUUCUCCUUACAAUUUCAUCCCUGAAUCACACAUUAAGGUCAUGAGAAUAAAGGAAAUGAUCACCAACUAAAGAAGCUCUUGAUUGUUAAACAAAUUCUCCUAUUCAGUACAUUAGGAAAUAUAUAGAGGACAGAAAGGAGAAUAUGCAUACUGAUGUUUGGGCGUAAAGGGUUAAAUGUUUGCUCAACGGUGCUCUCUAGGUGCUCAAGCAGCUGCCAUUUGAGUUGGUUAUCCUUUUUUUGAAGCGGUGGCCACUUUAUUUUGACAAACAGUUGAAUACUAGUCUUGAUCUUAAAUAAGUUUUAGAUGGCUUGUGCCAACUAGUUAUUCAUUGUUAUUAUUAUUAUUUUUUUUAUAUAAUUUUUGUCUGGCUGCAAAGAAACCUUUGGAGAACCUGGGUUCAUUCAAGUAGACUUGUAAAUGAAUUGGAAAUUUUGAAAAUACAGAAGUAUUUUAUUUCAGACUCGACGGCAAACCAGAAGUUCCACUCCUCAGCCAUUAGCUCCUUGUGUUGAGAAUGUAAUCCAAGAAGGGUCAUCUACUCAACAAAGCAAUGAAGGGAGGGGUCAGGCAAAGCUAUCACCUGUCCAGGGUGGUAUGGGUAAGUAAUCUGUACUCAUAAACUGUCUUCAUUGACAGUUGAGCUCUGCCAAAGGAAAUUUUAUUUGAAUGGAAAGUUUACAUGUGAAUUGCUGGUUCUUUAUGUUAGAAAUUGAGGGAAGUAUUAAGCUUGAAGUUGGAGGAAAUUCUUUGUAAUUAUUUGCAUUAGACUCUAACCAGCUACUUUUAAAUUAUAGAAUAACACACAUUGCAUCAAAAUUGUUUUGUGUUUUAUAUGUAAAUAUAAAGUGACCUUGAAGAAGUCAGAUCAAUAUCAGUAUGUUAGCAACUGCCCACCUACCCCUCCCCUGACCCGUCAACAGUUAACUGAUUACAAGUUAGAGCUAAUGUUGGGUUAGGGGAGGGAUAGGUGCAUACUCGUUCUGAUACUGAUAUUGAUCCAAGAAAAGACAGCUCAGUAAAAUGAUUUCAAACUAUGCAUUGCAUUCUUACUAAUUUUCUUUACUUUUUUGGAUUUUAGAUGGGUUAAUGGCACUUUUGAAGCAAAUAGGACAGGCAUAUGUGCAUCUUAGUUCCUAUGAAUGCAAGCAGGCAUUGAAUGCCUUUUCGUCAUUGGCACCGCACCAUUACAACACAGGAUGGGUGUUGACUCAAGUUGGCCGGGCCCACUUUGAACUGGCGGAGUAUCAGCUGGUACGAAGUUAUUUCUUGAUUUUAAAAUCUUUCUUCUGGCUGUUAUUCAAUUCCAUGUUACUUUGUCAACCCUUUGCACCCUAACAUCAACAUCCAUAUUCUCCAUUCUCUUCUUUGUACUAUUUCUUUGGCACUGACAAGGAGAAUUUGUUUAUCAAUCUAUGCUCUAUCUAUCUCUUUACAUUUCCUUUGCCUGUGGUGAAGGAUUUAUUAAGACACCAGAAAAAUUUCUGCUCUGUUUGACAAGCUUUUGAUAUACUUCAUAAGAUGCUUUAUUAUUAUUAUUAUUAUUAUUAUUAUUAUUAUUAUUAUUGACAAUCAACCUGACUCUUGUUGCAGGCUGAGAAAGUUUUCGCCAAAGUGAGACAACUAGAACCGUACAGAAUUGAAGGUAAAUAAGUUUGAUCGUGUCCUUUCCAACAUAUUUUCCGCCAAAAGAGAAGAAAAUACCUAAAUCACUUAUGCAUAUCUAUUUAUCCUCCAGGAAUGGAAAUCUAUUCCACGACAUUAUGGCAUUUACAAAAUGAGGUGUCCCUCUCGGCUCUGGCGCAAGAAUUGGUAGAAACUGACCGUACCUCCCCUCAGGUAAGGAUUUUUUUUUAAGCUCGCGUUGGAAUGCGAACAACUUACUCAUUUCAUCCUGCUAAUGUAAGUUCUCAAACGGAUGAUGUAAUUGUACGAGUGUUUAUUUUUUCUCCUCAGGCUUGGUGCGCUACCGGCAAUUGCUUUAGUCUACAAAAAGAACAUGAUACUGCCAUCAAGUUUUUCCAGCGCGCCGUUCAGGUCAACCCAACUUUUACUUACGCUUACACGCUGCUGGGACACGAGUACGUUCUCACGGAAGAACUUGAUCGAGCCAUGUCGUGUUUCCGCCAGGCUGUCAGGACAGAUUCGCGGCACUAUAAUGCAUGGUAAGUUAGUUGCCCAGCUUGUGUAGCAAUUAUUAGCUGAGUGUCGAAAGUGAUCUGAGACUGCGUCGGUUUUGUUUACCUCGCUCUGUGAUUGGUCAAGAAAAUUCCCGAUCUCUUCGCAACCAGCCAGAUGCAAAAUUUGAGCCAAUCGUGACUUUGGUCACUCGCGUUUUCCCGCGCUUCCUGUAGUGUAUUUCUUUUUGCCCUGAUUUCUGAAUGGCCCCUUCUAUAUUUUCCUUUUUCGUGAUUGGCCUUAGUGAUGACAAGGAGCCAAUAAGAACUCAAUCGAAAAAACAAACAAGUUGCCGGGAAAACGCGAUUGGUUCCGGUUUUACUUCUGAUUGGUCAAUAGUGAAGGUGGCUUGAUUUAUUUCUACCAAUCGGUUCAUUGCAGUGAACUCUCACUUAAAUGGACUCCUUUAAGUAAUUAGCUCCAAAUAUGAAGAACUGAAGAACUAUACCAUUAGGGUUGUCUCGAAGUGUUCAUUUUAUAGAGAUACCUGUCAUAUAGAGUCAUCUGUUAAGAAAGACUUUGCCGGAACUCUAGGGAAACCAUAAGUUUUUUUUUCCUUGAGGGCCUUGAACUUGUCCAAGCUGGAAGUGGCUCUGGCGUUGAUUAUGUAAUAAUUUUUUUCUCUGUUUUCUAGGUAUGGUAUUGGUAUGAUAUAUUACAAACAGGAGAAGUUUAACUUAGCUGAAAUCCAUUUUAGAAAAGCUUUGUCGAUAAACCCAUCAAGUUCUGUGCUGUACUGUCAUGUCGGAGUGGUAAGUUGACUAAACCCUCGGAGGCGGGAUCGCCGCAAUUGCUGUAGUUAAAAUUGGUAGGUUUUUAGGGAACAAACUAGUUAAAAGAAUCUUUUGGGCGAAGAAGGUUAACGAGAAACAAACUUACAGAAAAUUUACAGACCUCUAACUAUGUCUAAUUGUAAAUAAAUGAUAAUGUUUCCUGUCAGUGCCAUUGUGGACGGCAGAGACAUGCGAAAAAGCGGGCUGACUUUUCCCCAAAAAAAGCACUAACCGUCGUUCGCCCGCUGUGCAGCUUGUCUCGGCUGACCGAUAGACAGGUAGCACGUUUUAAUUUUUAGCGCUUCAGAGCGCACAUUUUCCGCCUUCGGGAACAUUUGAGACGAGUUGGGGAGAGCUUUACCAGAGGUCUGGUACUAGUAAUUAGUGCCAGGUCCCUUGCAGACCUCUCACUGGCUCACGUUGCUCAAGGCCUUAUACACAAUAACAUCAAUAUUCCUAUUCUCCACACUGUUCUCUGUACAUUUGCUAAGGUGCUGACAUGGAGAAUUUGUCUAACAAUCAAGAGUUCCUUCAGUUGGUGAUCAUUUCCUCUAAUCUUAUUAAAUUAAUGCUAGAUUCAGGGGUGAUAUUGUAAGGAGAAAUUAGAUUCUAGUCACUCGUAGUGAUUAAAGGGUUAACGAGUACCUGCUCGCAGGCUAACUGACCGACAGCCUGAAAGAUAAUUUUCCUAUAUCUCGCGCAGGUACAACACGCAAUGAAGAAAUCUGAUGCCGCGCUUGUUACCAUCAACAAAGCCAUGAAUAUUGAUCCGAAGAAUCCGCUGUGCAAGUUUCAUCGCGCUUCAAUUUUAUUCUCAAUGGAUAAACAUAAGGUAUGGAGCAGUUCUUCGUCGCCUUUGAUUUUAGGACGUGGUCGACAACUAGUGCAAGAUUUGAUUUCAAGUUCAAAGCGAAAAGUGCGGGAAUGUAUUGUUUGCGAAGCUACUGUUUUGCUCUCCACUAGCAGCCAAGUUUACACAAGUAUCGGUACUUUACAUAAAUGAGGCCUUUAUGAUAAAAAUCAUAUCACUAGUUUUGUUUUGCGCUGUGCUAUUUUUGCAAAAAAAACUCUUCCUGACGGCUGUUGCGUUUUUUCCCGCCAAGAUGAGGCAGUUUCGCGCGUACCUAAUUAAUCACAACUGGAUGUAUGGUACGGGAAAGUUUUAUACUCGUUCUCGAAUCUCUAUAUCUCAAAUGUGUUUUAAAACAGCUGCGUUGAUUAGGUAAGUAGAGUAGAAACACCCUUAGUCAUUUUCUGUUUGCCUUAACAUCUUUUACGUUCUGUACUUCUCGUCAGGAGGCGCUAGAAGAACUCGAGGAAUUAAGGAAAAUUGUGCCUCGAGAAGCUUUAGUUUACUUUUUACUUAGCAAGGUAAGUUACUUUUAUUAGCAAUUUCACCAUUUUAUUCCAAUCGCAAUUUGUUUUGGUUUAAUGUACAGUGUAAUUUAAUUAAUUUUAUGACAAGUUUAUCGCCGCUUACACCGCAAUUUUCGAUUGAUUUCCGUAAGUUUUCUUUGCUCUAUGAUUGGUUUAGAAAACCUCCGUCACUCUCGCGACCAAUCAGAUGCAAGACUCGAACCGAUGUUCACUUUAGUGUUCAUGGGUGUUUUCCUGCGCUCUAGAUGAUUGCUUAUUUUUACUUUGGGUUCUAUGCUACACGUGACAUUUUCCUCUGUUCUGAUUGGUCGCUCUCAUCACUGCCCCUGGUUUGUUCAACCACACAAAAUUAAUUUUAUUCUCUUAAAAUGCGUGCCUUUCCUCAUUGAUAUUUACAGGUUUACAAAAAACUUGGGGAAAAUCACUUGGCACAGAUGAAUUUCUCGUGGGCGAUUGACUUGGAUCCGAAGGGUGCAAACAAUCAAAUUAAAGAAGCCAUUAACAAGCGAUAUCUCCCGGAUGAUGACGACACAACCAUGGGACUUGACACCGCUGAUACUAUGGAUCAAUCUGUGGGCGUAAACGAACUCUCUGACGAAGACGAGGAUUAGAUUGUAAACGAACCUAAAAUAGCUGCUUUUGAACUGUGGGUUGAAAUAUAGGGACUGUAUUUGAUUUUGAACAUUAGGAAAAUGAUUUUCAAAUGAAAUUUACCUUCGAGCUUCAUUAAAAGAGAGUUAUGCUCCAGAAACUAAAUGAUUAAGUAUUAUUAAGUUUGCUAGUUGAUUGUCGUGUACACUUUGAAAUGUUGCGGAUGAAAAUGAUAUGGUCUCUGGAGCAUACUUCUCCUUUUGAAAAUUUUUUAACGCGGUUUUGCAUCAAUUGGAAUCUCCGUAUGUUUAUACGAAGCUUACAGGAGCGCAACGACCCUGGAAAAUAUCAGGCUACUUGUUUCAUGGUACACUUUUUGUCACUGAGAUAUCUUCAUGAAGCAAUUUUCAACUGGGUGUCAUAAAGGAGCAAGCAGUUAUGCCAUUGACACAGAUAUCGAGAAAUUAUGAGUUUGAGAGUAAAAUUCUCAUUGUUUUAGUAUUUCUAAUCACUCUCGCGCUAAGUCGAUUAUUAUCUAGAGAAGUGAUGCUUGGGGAAAAUAUCCGGGAGAUUAGCCUCGAUGGGACGUGAAACGGUGGGGUAGGGAGGACUGGGCGACUUGCUCCAGUAUCACUCCUUGAUACAAGAGGUGGCUGCUUAUGGGGAAUUGUAUCGCUAGCUAACAGCAAGUAAAAGAAAUUAAACUAUUAAUUAGAUAUUGGAUGUUUUAUAAAGUAAUUAAUUUAGGUUUGAUAUCGGAAGAGAGACUUACGUCGCAUGUAUCAUAUAACAACAUGCAUCAAUUUAAUGUGUAUUUUUUAUGAUUGCAAUUCACAAUUUGUCGACUUUCGUCAUCAAUAACAAGUUUUUUACGCCAGCUUAAAUGCGGUACCAUUGUUAUUGAUUUAUCUCGUUGAUUAAAUUUGGACACAACUUGGUUAAAUGUUUCUUUCAUCAGAUACACUGAGUUUGUCCCCCCUCCCCUCCCCCCUUAGAGGGCUGUACGAAAAGACUUACCCAACAACACAAUCCAAAAAAGCCGAAGCCCACCCCUGUUCGAAGUGGUAAGUUUCUAAAGAAACUGUGGUGCUGUGUCGGCAGG